AUGGACCUUCACUAUAAGGGAUCCCGGCUCUAUGUGAAGAAAAACGAUGAAUGGAUUGGGCAUGAAGUGAAUGGCGAAAUCCAACACCAUGCCUUUUGUUCUAGUCCCUCUCCGGUCAAUAUCGGCAAGAACGAAGAUAAGUUCCAGUCCUUGGUACCUGGCGAGUCUUGCUCAUUCACACGAGAGGUGAGUGAUUUUCCGAAGAAUUUGGAGCCUGGUGAUCGAUUUCGGUAUGGGUUUAAUGGAGCCCAACUUGAUUGGUGGGAUUGGGGUAAUCUCUAUGACCAUGAAGAUACUGUGGUGAUGGAUGGGGAGCUUAGAGUUCAUGAUCCAAGAGAUAGUGAAAAAAAAGACCUGUAA